CAAGAAAAGAGAAAGGGAAAGAAAGUGAAAAGUGAAGAGAGAAGAGAAGACCAUGAACCGAGGAGUCUUGCAGAGUUCACCUGUGCAACAGAUGAUGACCGGAAACCCUAACUGGUGGAGCAUCAACACCAUGCGCCCACCGGCGCCUCAUCACCAAACCUCUCCUUUCCUUCCUCCACCUCCCUCUUUCUUUCCUCAUCAAUACACACCCACUUCUUCUUCUUCAUCCUCCUCAUCCUCUCCCCUUCCUUUCCCUUCUUGGCAUGAUCACCAGGAGCUUCCCGAGUCAUGGAACCAACUUCUCUUGGGAGGACUAAUUACUGAAGAAACAAAGUGCGGAAUGGGCCAUUUCCACGCAAAAAAGCCGGAGAACUGGGAAGAACAGGCAAUGAAUCAAGGCUCCAGUGCUUCUGUUGUGGAUGUUCAUGUGAAGGAAGAAAAUUCCACUGGAAGCUAUGUCUAUUCACAUGCAAAUGAAGCUUUUCGGGCUUCAAAGCCAGCUUGGUCUCCCGUUAUUGCCACUUCAUCCCCUAAGUCCUGCAUCACAAGCUUCAGCAGUAACAUGUUGGAUUUUUCCAGCAAAAAUCCGAACGGAAAGCAUCCACCUGCAGAUCGAUCUUCCGAGUGUAACAGCUCUGCAACUGGCGGUGGGGCAAUGAAGAAAGCCAGGGUUCAGGCUUCUGCAACCCAAUCUCCCUUCAAGGUGAGGAAGGAGAAACUAGGGGACAGAAUCACAGCUCUUCACCAGCUAGUUUCUCCAUUUGGAAAGACGGACACAGCCUCUGUCUUGUUAGAGGCUAUCGGGUACAUUAGAUUCCUUCAUGGUCAAAUUGAGGCCCUCAGCCAGCCUUACUUGGGAAAUGGAUCAGGAAGCAUGAGGCAGCACCAAAACUCUGUUCAAGGGGAGAAGAAUUGCAUAUUUCCUGAAGACCCUGGUCAGCUGUUAAAUGAUAAGCGCAUGAAGAGAAAAGGUGGUCCUGAACAGGAUUCUAAUGAAGAACCAAAGAGAGAUCUGAGGAGUAGAGGGCUGUGUUUGGUGCCGCUGUCGUGCACUGUGCAAGUGGGGAGCGACAAUGGAGCAGAUUAUUGGGCUCCUGCGCUCGGCUGUGGUUUCCGGUAGACAGGAGUAGUGUUUGGUUUUUUUUUUUUUUCUUGUUUCCGAUCGGCGGCACACCAGCUAGCUAGAGAGCUUCAUGAAAAUGAUAUAACAUCAUGAGCAGUCACUCUGCUAAUUAAACAAAAAGUUUCCAAGGCUGAUUGCUCAUGAUGCUAUACAAAAUCUUUCCUGAAUUUCUGUAUGUAGUCAUGUGUGCUUGCUGGGGUACUCUCAUACGACAUCGUUUCGUAAAUCUAUCAUAAUUUGCGGUUAAUUAAGUUAUGAUUAUCCCUAUCUGUGUAUAAUGUAUUUUCUUACCAUGCUUUCCACUGCUACAUUUGUCUAAGAUCCCACAAAAUAAAUUUAUUAAUUAGAC